AUGGCGGCCCCACGGCUUCCAUUCCUUUAUCCGAACCUGAUGCGCGCAGUCAGAUCUUGCGAACCCCAUACGUACCGCUCCCUUCGCAUCUCAUCCCGCGGUCAGCACUCUCCCUUCCACACCAGUCGACGACACGCCCAAGAGACCUAUCACCGACGAUACGGGCCCGCGGCAGAAGCAAACUUACCUCCGCCCUCCAAACCCAAAGACGACGCAUCCCGCCAGCAGGCCGCAAGCCCUUCAUCUGGGAAAGACAGGGACAGCGACGCAUCUCCGUCUCCGAGCCAAGCCCCACCCGAGCAGUCACAGCAAACGGACACCGAAAACGCCUCGGAAGCCUCACCACAGUCGCAGAACGACAAGUCCGCAGCCCCAGCUACUGAGCAACAAGUCGAGCAUGAACCCGCAGAAGAGCAAGAAUCCCGCGAGGAGUCCGAGCCCGCAUCCAACAAGCAGGAUGUAGAAGAAGCAACUGCUGCCCCGAGCGAAAGGCCCCCCGAAGAACCAAUCCAUCUCUUCCAUCCGCUCAACCAAAAUCCUCUCGAUGGUGUCCUACAUAUGCCGUCUCCUUCCUCCUACCUAGCCACAACCGAUGGUCCGACCUCGGAGAACAAGCCUCCAAACCUCGCCCCUGCCCCCUACGUCCAUCACUUCGACUCGUACUCGCUAGUCCGUGAUCUUUCUACCGGCGGUUUCUCGGAAGAACAAUCUGUCACGAUCAUGAAGGCAGUGCGGACCAUCCUGCACGGUAACCUGGAUCUCGCAAGACAAAGCCUGACCUCCAAGUCGGACGUUGAGAAUGAGUCCUACCUGUUCAAAGCCGCGUGCUCGGAACUCCAGUCAUCCCUGCAGACGGCCAGAGCCUCGGAAAUGCAGCGCCAGCGUGCCUCCCGGACACAACUGCAACAUGAAUCGGAUAUCCUGUCUCAACGCUUGAACCAGGAACUCGCAGGACUAAAAGAUGAUAUCAAGGGGAUGUUCAACGAUCACAAGAUGUCGACCCGUGAACAACAACGAAGCAUCGAUACCUCUGUACAAGAGCUCAAUUACAAAAUCACUGUCUCCCUGAACAGUGAUGGCAAGAGCGAAAUCGAGGGACUGAGAUGGAUCCUAACAAGGAGGGCUGCUAUGGCUAUUGCCACGAGUGCCUUCAUGAUCAUCAUCUUCCUCAAAUACUAUUCCGUCCGCAAGGCCCAGGAGAGUGCUGAAAAGAAGAAAAAGAAACAAGACGCUUCCAGCAAGGAUCCCAAGGAGGCCCGGGCAGUUGCCCAGGAUCCCAUUCUUCGGCCCAAGUCCACACCAGUUCCCGAAGUCCAUCUCGGAGAGUCGCUUGGUUAA